GUCGUCGUUGCUGUGCUCAAGUGUGUUGGUUUCGGUUAUCUCGGAAGGGCCGGUAGAGAUCUUAUCUGCCGAAAGGAUCCGACAUGCUGCACAGCCAACCCCAACCCUCACCUUCUCAAGGCUUUGCAACUCCCGGACGCCGUUCCUUUCUUCCUUCUGGCUAAAUUCCCCAGACAUGACACAGGCACGUGGUGGAGAGGAGACAAGGAGCAAUGCCUGCUGAUGCCGUUGCUUGUCUCCAGCCUCCAGGAGUUUCCCCAGACACGUUGUGGAGAGGCCAUCCUGGCCGAAUGAAAUCUCCCUGACGGGCUCAUGUGACGCUCAAAGAAGGACAAAAAAAAUGGGGACGAGAUCGCAAUCCCACACAAACCCCGAACGGAGCUCAGGUGAAUGAAGGAUACAAUCCAGCUUAACGCCGUGGAGCGAUGGACCAGGAACGGAAUCGGGCAAUGCAGCCCCGACAUUUUUAUUUUUGUUGACAAACAGCAGCUAAGCCCCAAGGGGAAAGGGAGCGUCAGGUUAGAGUUGACCGCCUCCAUGCAGGCGGGACAGCGCACAGAUCUCUGGGCAGCCCAAGCUCCCUCAACAAAAGGUGGAUUGGAUGGCUGUGCCGCUGUCGCGUUCGAGCCAGCCCGUCGACAUUUGAGCAUUUGGGACAUUUGGAAUGAUUGAACCCCUGCGAAGUCGGGUCCGUUGGGAUUGGGGUGGGGACCUCUUCACAACUUUUUUUGUUGCUGAAACUUGACGAGGAAGCGACAUCGGGCCCUUGGAACUCGGGGAGGGAAACAGUUACAGAGUUUGAAGACGCUCCGAUUCAAUCGACGCAUGCUCGGCUCACUCGUGCACCCAAACUGCUCGAAACCGGGAACCACCGACUGUAUUUCGUACUCCUGCUCCGUAUCCCCCAGCGUCAUUCGAUGCUUGCUUUGGUUGCGCCUGCGCGCAUGGCCAGCUGCCCGUGACGGUGGGCCGAAACUGUUAACACCGUAAAGUGGAAAGAAAGAAAGAAAGGGCAAGGGAAGCGGGGAGAGGGGAGCUGGGGAGGAGGAGAAAAGGCGGAGGGAGGGGGGUGGGUUGCCCGGGACUUGCUGGUUGGGCGAUAGCUCCCCUCCACACAUUCCAAUGCGGAGGUCCGGGAUCUGGCAGUACUGACUUAUACCCAGCAUGCCCCUGGUCUUUGACUCAGCUUCCCCUUUAUCAAUCCAUUGCUCGCCGGUUUUUGUGCUGCUCUUGUUCAUCCUCAUCCUCCUCAUCAUCAUCAUCUAUCUGUCUUGUUUCCUUCGUCCAUUGCUCUGCCUGCCUGCCUGCUUGCCUGCUUGCAUUGCCAUUGACUACUGCUAUCUACUCCAAGCUCCCUCGAAGCUUCACCAUCAUCGUCAUCUACAAGCCAUUGCCAUCUCACCAGCUUGAAUUUCAGCAACCAAAUCACACACAACCAUCACAAUGUCGUCAAGAAUCGCUCCCACCUUUUCCAAAUUCACCCGCUCCCUCAGCACAUCCUCCCCCGUCGCCCGCCCAAGUCAUCUCCUCUCCGCCACCAGUGCUGCCACCAAGUCAGUAAGGAAACCGUCCCCUUCCGUCCUGGAGGAAGACGCAGAGUCAACCCGCGCUUACUCAACCUCCACCUCCCCGUCCCGCCCCACCCUCACCACCCUCCAAACCAGCCAACCUCACCCCUUCCGCUUCAUGCAAACCUUCCACCACUCGGCCCCCCGCCCCGCCACGGCGCACCACACUGUCGACUCGCUCGUCCUCCCAGACCUCUUCGCCAUGGACCCCAACUUUGACCCCUACAGCAACAUCCGCGUCCCGCUCCUCCCGGAUAACAUCUCUGGCCCCCCUUCCGGUCUGUUCGCCCCCGAGGUGUCGGAUUUCGUGCCUGAACAAGCCGCAAAGGAGGUCAAGAUUGUGGCUGCCAACCCCGACAGUGUCGCGCUGCCAGAGGGCGGGUUUGUGGACGGUGUGGAGCUGAGGUUUGUGUAUCAAAUGCAGCCCGAGCAGAGCGGGCAGCAGGAGUAUGAUGAGAUGGGGAGUGGGAUGAUUAAGGAUUUGUGGAGGGGGUUGGUGGACGAUGUUAUGGGUUCUAAAAAAUCCACUGCUUAAAGGUUGCGGCAAAGUAUGAGGUGGUUUGAUUGUUUUUUGUUUUGUUUGGAUGAUGUGAAGCGUUAUAUGUUUUUUUAAUCUGCUUUUGUAUCUUUUCUUUUGUUAUCACGGCAUAGCUUUGAUAUCUCUUCUUGGAGAUUUUUUUCAUAUGGAACAAGCCUGUCAGCGGAUUGACAGCGGGAGAGGGGGGGUCGCAUGGAAAAUAAGACAACGAGGCCGAGAUUUGGCCAGGACCGACAACAGUUACAGUCACUUCUGUGUUUUUUCUUGGACUAGAGACCUUGAUGGGGAUAUAUACCUGCCAGCGUUGCCUGGUUUUGGUUUGGAGGGAUAUGAAUGAAGUCACACGUUCCAUUCCUUCACUUAUUCACUCAUUUACGUUGUUUCGGUUACAAAAGUGACUUGCUUAUCGUCACCACACCGAUGGCGACAGCAUCCUUUUGGAUGCCGAGCGGUCCGGCCGAAUAAUAGUUACACAACCCGGAGGUCCGCUGACACCGAGAGAAAUAUCUAGAACCGGGCUACCACCUGAUCGUGGACGGGUAUGA